GGGAAGGAGGAGACAACGUAGAUACCUGACCCUGUAGACAGUGGGGAAGAGAAAACUGCACUAAGAUCACACACAGUCAGUCAGAUAGCGAAGGCUGAGAGCUUUUUUUAGUGUGGCUACACAUUUGUGUAGUGUUUUUUUUAUAAAAAUAAAAAUAAAUGAUAUAAUAGUAAGCUGUAUGUGUAGGGAGGCAGUGUUGGACAUUUGUUGAGAUAAAGACUGUUGCUGUUGGAAACGAUGGCUUUAUCUGGACCAUGCUUCCAGAGGGGUUUGGAGGCUCUAUGGAGGCAAGAUGAAGAAUUUAGGGGGGAUAAGCACAAUAUAGAUCGAGAUGGAGAAGAGUGUGCAGGAGAAGUGAAAGAAAAGGAUUGUGGGGAUCAGGUGAACACAGAAGAAGAAGAUAAAGAUGAUGAAGCAUUUAGAAGGGAGGAAAACAGUCAAAUACAUCUAAAGAGGGAGACAACUGAAGAAGAGGAGGAUGAGCUUCAAGAAGUGAAAAAAGAGUGGACAGCUGUUGGGGGGCAGAAAGGUGGAAUAGAGGAUGUGGAUUCAAUAAGGGUAUAUAGCAGAGACUCCUAUACAAGAGAAAUGUUCCAAACCCUGCAGCAGCUCAGGGACUCCUCUCUCCUCACUGACCUGACUCUGAGCACUGAGGAUGGGCAGCGUCUUCACGCACACUCCCCUGUCCUGGCUGCUGUGAGCACCCUUGUCCACCAGAGACUGCAAGAGAGGGAUGAGGAGAACGAGAGGAGAGAUGUUGACAUGUAUAUACAGACAGAGAUAUCCAUCAGUCUGGGUCCUGAGGUGGGGCUUGUGGGGCUGGCAGGGGUGCUGGAGUUUGCAUACACUGGGGCCUUAGCAGUUCUGAACAGACACACGCUGGCCCAGAUACAGGCUGCAGCUACAACACUAGGGGUCCCCAGAGUUCUACAACUCUGCAGUGAAGAGGAGGAGAAGAUGAAGAAGGGAGUAGAGACGAGGGCAGAAGAGAAGAAGAUCUCUGCUGAAAAACAGAUGAAGGUCAGUCUUCAGUCCAUCAGACAAUUGUGGACAAAGAGAGUGGGCUGUGAUGUAGAGCUGGAGGUUGGUGGGGCAUCAUUUCAUGUCCACAGAGUGCUCUUGUCUGCCAGUAGUGACUACUUCAGGGGAAUGUUCACCAGCGGGAUGAAGGAAUCCCAGCAGGCCUGUGUGGCUCUUCCCUUCCUGGAGGCCUCAGAGCUGGAGGCCCUGAUUGGCUACUCCUACAGCGGGUCCCUCCCCCUCAGCUGGGGGUGUGUCUUUGAGAUCACCUGCAUUGCCUUCCAGCUCCAGUUCCAGCCCGCCCUCUUGCUGUGCCUCGACUUCCUGAAACAAGAAAUGGACGCCCACUCCUGCCUGGAUGUGGCGUCUUUCGCUGAGGCUUAUGGCAUAACGGAACUCCUUGAAGAGGCCAACGACUUUGUCCUGAGACACUUCCAAAAUGUGGCAGCCACGCCUAAAUUCCAGGACCUGCCAGUCAAGAAGCUUAGAAAAUACCUGAAAAGCAACUCCCUCUUUGUGCCCUCUGAGCUUGUGGUCUUCAAGGCAGUGGUGGUCUGGAUCGAGGCCUGUCCCAGCAAAAGGCUUAAACUCACCAAAGAGCUGAUGAAGAACGUCCACUUUCCUCUCAUGACAUUCAAGGAGUUCGGUGAAGUUAAAACCGCAAAACUGUGGACUGAAUGCAACAUAAAAAGUCUCUAUCAGACUAUGCUGGAGGACUUUCGCUCUCAUCACGUUGCAUCUGAGACCCUGUGCAGGGUCUACCUACCAAAGGACAGCCUAGUCUUGGUGGGUGGAGACCAGAUCUCUGCCGACUUUAUCCGGCGAACCCCUAGUCGAGAACUGUGGUUUGGGAACUCUCUGAGGAACUACACAGGCGUUGUGAAGACAGUUGAGUGGAGGUUGCUGGGAGAGAUGCCAAAUCCACCAAGGUUAAGUCACGAGUUGGCUGUUGUCGCAGGGAAGUUGUACGUGCUCGGGGGACAGAGUUAUAAAGGCAUGCUUGGCGUUCUAAACUCGGUCUACAGAUAUGAUCCGCUUCAGAACCGCUGGGAGAGAUUGGCCAACUUGCAGGAGAAAAGGUGUCAUUUUUCUGUGGUUGUUCUGGAUGAGAUGAUAUAUGCCAUUGGAGGGUACAUUGAUCCAGAAACGAACCUGGAUAGUGUGGAGUGCUACUGUCCAAAUACAGAUUCCUGGAGCUUUGCCAAACCCUUGGAUAUGACCUUGAGUUGCCAUGCUUCCACACUGUUGGAUGGAGAGGUCUUCAUCUCAGGGGGGUUCGACUGCAAGUACCACUGUCUGGUGUCCAUGUUCCUGUACCACCCUGAGAGAGGAACUACAUACCUGGCAGAGAUGAGCCAACCUCGAGCCCAUCACUGCAUGGAGACUUUAAACAACCAUCUUUAUGUGGCCGGAGGAGUCACUGUUGAUGAAAACAUGAUGUCUAUUGACCAGCUGGCCUGUGAGGUCUACGACCCUGUUAGUGACUCCUGGAGCACCCUCACGCCCCUGGCCGUCUCCCAUGUUGGAGCAGCCUCUGUGGUUCUGGAGGGGAUGCUCUAUGUGCUGGGAGGAUACUGCCAAGAGGACUACAGGGAGACCAGACUGGUGCAUCGCUAUGAUCCCACCAUCCAACUAUGGGAGAAUAUCGGCGAGAUACCCGGACCUAACACUGACAUAAGAGCCUGUUUGCUCCACCUGCCCAAACACUUGAGACAAUGAAACAUCACUAUACAUCCCAUAACACCACACUAAAUAUUAUUCCAUUACAUGACCCACACCUUACUCCACCAGUAUUCUUAACUUCAGUAACUUAAACAUGUUUAUUUCUCUCCAUAUGCAGGCUAUAAGUGAAUUACUAACAAAACAGGGAGGGUAUUACAAUUUCAGGGUCGCUUCAUGUCUUCCUGGGAAAUGAGAAACUGGGAAGUCAUACCUCUGACAUGAAUGUGUUCACUUGACUUUGAAAGGGGACAAAUUUUUCUACCAAUAAGAUUUUAGCUAGCUUGAUAAACUAGCUAAAAUUGCUAAUAAUAAAGUUAGCUAACUUGCUUAACAUUGACAUAUAUCAAACUAGCUACAUUUGCCAACAUUUGUCCAAAAUCGUUUGACAUAAAACAUAACUUUUCUGUCCUUGCAUUUAUAGCAGUGUAAAUUGUUAUUAUAUCAUAUAUUAAGCAUUAAACAGUUAAAUUAGACAUUUAACUUGAACCCUGUAAAAAUCCUAGAUCUAGCAGUCAGACAGUUUUUGUGUUAAGAUAUCAGAAACGCGGGGUACCUAUGUAACAUUUCGUGUCUCCUUAUGUUACAGGGUGGAAACAGUUUUCAUGGGCACACAAAUCCAAAAUGAUGUAUGCGAUUCCAUAAUUGAAUGCUUCUAACGAAAGAGUCAACUUAACUUGAUACUUAAAACCUAAAUUGAUACUGUCAUUAACAUGGUUCUUCAAUAAUUAAGCAUUAUACUUAGUGGAUGCUCAUUUGGUGUCCGGUUGAUUAGUUACGUUGUAAUCUCAAUCUGAUCCAGGAAAGAAUUUUCCGAAUGACAGUCAAGUGACGAGCAGCUGUUGUGAUAGCGCAGGCGAUACAACAACUGCUGGAAGAAAGGUGUUUGCGAGAAAAGUAUUUUGGUGUCUCAUUCGUUAUGCAAGUGAAAACAUUUGUGCCUGGAUCCACAGUGAAUGUAAUAUCUCUAGCGAAUUGAUGUUGAUCAUCUGUUGUUGUCUGAUUGGUCUCAUUCGAUUUAACAAACAAAGCAUCAAGGUAAUGAAUUCAUGUUUUUGUGCCUCAGAUUGGAAACCUAGUGUGCGCAAUUGUAUAGGAUAGACUAUUGCUCAACACCUACGCUCUUCCUGAUCAAGGCUGCAGUAUGUAACUGUAUGGGGCAACCAGAUUAAAUUCACAUAGAAAUGGGAGUUAUAGAUCUGUCAUUGUCAUUGAAAACAAGUCCAAGAAAAAAGUACAAAAAAAUGUAUGAACUCAUUACUGUAAAUCCCUCUGGAUAAGAGCUUCUGCUAAAUUACUAACAUGUAAAUAGGUAGAUCUGUUGUAUGUGUUUAAUUUGGAUUUAGCCUAUUUUACGUUCAGUAUUGUACACCAGCUUCGAACAGCUGAA